AUGCCAGCUCCAGCGGGCAAGUUGGCUCUCCCGGCUCCCGAGAGCGCCCCGGGAAGCGGGAACCAUUGCGAUGCCGUCUGGCGCUGGACCGUGCAGAAAGUUCGCAUUGACCCGAUCUGCACGGCCGAGGCCUGGCUGACCGACGACGUCAGCGUCUCCCAGACAAGAGCUCCAGCAACGGCUCCAGGUGGCCGGCUCCUUGCUUCCAAACCCACGGGCCCUCCGACACCCAACCGCGUGCCGACACGCGCCGACGAGGCACUCGCAUCAGCUAUCCCGUGCGUUGAGAUCGAGUCAGCACACCGCUCGUUGGACUCGACGAACGCUACCAUGGCCAAGCCAGCCGAGCUACCUGCCUUGGGCAAGGCCGCAACCAAGGCGGCUCCCCAUCCGGCUGUCUAG